CAGUAAGAAAAAACGUAUCGUCUGCGGCAGGCUUUAUUUAGAGAGUUUAGGAACAGAAAACAAACGGCAUAUUCCAUAAACCCAGUACAGUGCAGCAGUGGUGCGCGUGGUGCUGAUCGUGCUGUUCAAUGUUGAUCAGCCUGAUCUGGCCUGAUCAGCUGAUUGUGAGUUGUGAGUGGUGCGGUGAAGAAGAGGUCUGAAGAGGUCUCGAUGAAUACGUUUAGAUACGUUUAUAUGUUGAAAAAAAUUUUUGCAAACUGCUAAUGCAAUCAAUCACCACGCCAUUUAAAUUCCAAGCUCAUUUUUGUAUUUUAAAUUCAAUUUUGUAUAUCUCAAAAUCUUCCAGGCUCGCUUGUGGAAGGUUUAUUGGAGCAAGUUGGACGAACAUUGUGCCCUAACGAAAGUAUUGUGGUCGAUACGUCUUCGCGAAAUUAGAUAGAAGACGAAUGCCAAUAACUUAGAAGAAGAAGAAGAAGAAAAUAUACAGUCAAAGUCAAUGCAGUAGAUGCGCAAUUCCAAUCUCCAACUGAUAAUUCUAACCUAAAAGACGCGAAUCGCUUGCGAAUUGUACGAAUUAUGAGUGUUUGGUUUAUUAAUUUAGUAAAAAACGCGUUUCUCGAAAUGUUACAACUACUUUGGUUUGGCAAACGAAAGAUAUCAAACUCUUUAAGCAUAUAUAUUAAGACGAAUACAGGCAAUACACUUUCCGUCGAAUUAGAUCCAAAAUGGGACAUAAAAAAUCUAAAGAAGAUCGUUGCGCCUCGGAUGGGGAUAGCACCGGAGGAUAUUAAAAUUAUAUUUGCAGGUAAAGAGCUGCACAAUUCGACCAUAAUAGAGGAGUGUGAUUUGGGGCAACAGAGCAUUUUACAUGCAGUACGGACACCCCAUAAAAUAUUGAAUAAAAAGGAAGAUAUUGCUAGCCCUAUAGAGGAAUCUACAUCCGAGACCACCAAUUUGAAUGACAGUGGUAGCAAACCUAUGAACGAGACACUUAUGGAUUUACCCCUGGAUGAAGAGUCGGAUCAACAAAAUUUUAUGUUGAAAGAGCAGCAGGAAAAUCGAGCACAUUUUUACGUGUACUGUUCGGCUCCUUGUAAAGACGUAACUGCAGGUAAAUUAAGAGUCAAAUGCGCAAAAUGUGGUAGUGGUGCCGUAACUGUCGAUAGAGAUCCUCAAUGUUGGCCAGAUGUGUUACAACCAAGGAGAAUAACAGUACAUUGCGAAAGUGAUUUUUGUCCUUCCACUUCAGGACAAGAUGUAUUUAAUGACGAGACGGAUAAUCAAGUUUCUUACGCUCGUUUUUAUUUUAAAUGUGCCAAGCAUCCUAGUUUAGGAGAGAAUGACGAAGCUGUACCUCUUUAUCUUAUAAAACCAAACUUGAAGAAUAUUCCUUGUCUGGCCUGCACAGAUACUAGAGAAACUGUACUGGUAUUUCCAUGUGAAGCUGGUCAUGUGGCUUGUCUCGACUGCUUUCGUGAAUAUUGCACAAUUCGUUUACACGAGCGACAAUUUGAAUUUGAUACUAUCGAAGGAUAUUAUACAUUGUCUUGUCCUGCUGGAUGCUCCAAUUCUUUUAUCCGUCAAGUUCAUCAUUUCCAUCUCCUUAGUACAGAACAAUAUGAAAGAUAUCAGCGAUUUAGCACAGAAGAAUAUGUUUUACGCGCCGGUGGUCUUUUGUGUCCAAGACCCAAUUGUGGAAUGGGUAUUAUACCACCUACGGAAGAGGGUGCAGAAUGCCGGAAAAUUCAAUGCCUUGGUGGAUGUGGCUAUGUUUUCUGCAGAAUUUGCUUACAAGGAUAUCACGUAGGAGAAUGUGAAUCGCAAAUGUUGGAAACAUCGACGAGUGUUUUUUCUUCUAAAAAUUAUUCAAUAGAUCCCAUGAAAGCUAACGAAGCUAAAUGGGAGGAAGCUAGCAAAAAAACGAUACAAAUAUCUACAAAACCUUGUCCUAAAUGCAGAACUCCUAUUGAAAGAGACGGAGGUUGUAUGCAUAUGGUGUGUACAAGAGCGGGAUGUGGCUAUCAUUGGUGCUGGAUAUGUCAAACAGAAUGGACUAGAGAAUGUAUGGGUAAUCAUUGGUUUGGAUAAGAAUUUUGAAGAAAAAAAAAUAAUACCGAUUCCAUUUUAACACAUGAUUAUGAUAAUUUACAAGAUAUAUAUGAACGUUAUACAAAAAAGAAUUUUGUGAUUGUAUAGUAACGCUUAUCGAAUAUUUUUGUAUACAUGAUAUAAAUAGAGUGGAUGCUCCAAGUGCUUAGAAAAAAAUGGAUGUCAAAUAGAA